AUGCAUCACCACACGUGGGCGAUCGGUGCCAGUCUCGCAGUGGCCGUUGUCUCCUUAUGCGUUGCGCUCAACGUGCACUGGGGCACGACCGUCGCCGCUGCUUGCGUCGGCGCGUACCUCCCGUCGUACUUGGACGGAACAGAGUACACGGGCGAGCGCUGCUGGCCGUGGUUUGCCACGUUCGUUGGGCGCUGUGUGGCGCACAUUCCAGGCACACUGGAGUUUGAGGCGCCGCUCGACCCCACCACACAGCACAUGUUCUGCUCGCACCCGCACGGACUCUUGUCUGCUCAUCAUGGGCUGCUCCUGUCGGGUCAAACGUCUCCACCUUUUCAUGAGACCGUUCCACUCUCGACGCGGCGUCAUUUGGCUGCGUCCAUCUGCUUCCGUGUGCCGCUGUACCGGGACUACGUGCUCUGGUCUGGCUGUGUCGAUGCGCGACGCAGUGUGGCGGAAAAGAUGCUGCAGGAGGGCAAGAGUCUGGUGAUUCUAGUGGGAGGGAUUGCAGAGCAGAUGUUGUCUCAGCGGGGAGACCAUACGAUUUACGUCAAGAAGCGCAAGGGUCACGUCCGCUUAGCACUCAAGUACGGGGUGCCGAUUGUACCGAGUUAUGCUUUCGGCGAGACGGAUCUCUUCUCUCACGCCACGACGCUGCUAUCCUUUCGCCAAGCGAUUGCGAAAAGGUUCUCGGUAGCGUUGCCACUUGGGUUCGGCCGCUCGAAGUGGCGCUUCUGGGUACCUCACGAAGGAGUGGCUAUCAAUCAGGUCUUUGGUCGACCCAUCGUUCCUGUCAAAAUGACCGAUGACCCGAGCGCCGAGCAGAUCAAGGAAUUGCACGAGCAAUACGAGCGAGAGCUUGUCCGCAUUUUUGACAAGUACAAAGCGACGUACGGCUAUGGAAAGUGUACGCUCGUCGUGUGCUAG